AUGGUGGAGCCGCCGGAGCCCCGGCUCGGUACGCACAGCUUCAGCUGUCGCCACCAGGAGACGAUCGUGCACUUCCAGGUGCUGCGGCUGGCCGACAGCUUCCUCCUCUGGGCGGCCGACGCGCCCUGCUUCAAGCAGCUGGCCGCGGGUCUCGGCGCCAGCGACAAACUGGCCGCCAAGCUGGCGCAGCGCACCGGCAAGCAAGUGUUUGUCAGCUGUAACGUCAACCUGGACGACGCGGCGCUGCGCCAGGCGGUCGAGGCGCGUAUCGUGGAGGAGCUCAAGGAGCAUCCGGACAAGUUCUGA